AAAUUGUCAAACACAUUUCCGAUUUUGCCAUAUAAAGCAACGUCAUCUUGACAGCAUGGUUCAUCACAGAAGAGUAUCAAUCAGUAAUCAAUCAACAACCGGAAGUGAAUAUUAUACACCUUAUCACGGUUAUUACACCAGAUUAUCAGCAAGACAAUCAACUUUGCACCACACCCCAUUAACUUUCACAGAAGCUGGUGGCGAUCCCCAAAAUGGCUCGUUGGUUCUAGAAGAAUCAGAAAGUCACAGUGAUCAAUUUUCUAUAGCCAGCUCUUACUGCUUCAGAGGCUUAUCAGAUACCUUAACGGAACUUGAAAACAAAGAAACUUACGAAAAUCAGCUUCAAAAGGAAUUAGUAAGGUACCAAAGGCCCAUGGACUGUGAUGGACCACCAUGUAACAAUGGUAAACGUAAAUGGUUCAAAAAUGGUGGGAUUGUAUUGGUCGUUGCCGUUGUCGGUUGGUACAUCAAUAACGUUCGGAUCCAGUUAAGCGAUUUAAAACACAAUAUUGAAGCGGCAGACAGUAGAAUUGCAGAUAUUGCAGAUGCUAGAUUAGAUACCCUGCAUAAGCUCAGUGAGGUUAGCAACAUGCUGCAUGACUUAAGGCAAAAUCAAGCAAAUUAUAGGCAGACCAUACAAAACAUAAUCGAACAAGAAAUUGACAAAAUUUACACUGAUAAGACUGGCAGGACCGAUUUUGCUCUGGAGUCAGCGGGUGGUCGCAUUGUAAAACUUUCUCCGGGAACUGAAAAUUAUGGACCGCCCAAGAGUUCUUUGCUGGGUUUCUCCUUAUGCGAUGGCAUGCACGGACCUAGGGCCAUGAUUCAAACUGGCACUUCACCUGGCGAAUGUUGGGCAUUUAAAGGUUCAAAUGGAGGCGUCAUCGUGAAACUCUUGGGCCCCAUUAAAAUCGACGCGGUCAGCAUGGAGCACAUAUCCAAAAACAUAUCUCCAUCCGGAGACUCCACUACCGCCCCAAAAGAUUUUACCGUUUGGGGCCUCAAAAGCUUGACAGAUCGGGGGGCCCUUUUAGGCCAGUUUACCUAUAACAUUGACGGAUCAUUGGUUCAAACCUUUAAUUUGCAGCAACCCACUCACGACUCCUUCGAUUUUGUUGAGCUUAGGGUAUCGUCCAAUCAUGGAAAUAGCGAUUUCACUUGUGUUUAUAGGUUUAGGGUGCACGGUGCCAUGGAUCAGCUCAAACUUAAAUAAAACUACAUUCAUUUUAUUUACAUAAGUGCUUUAUUAUUUAUAUUUUUUUAAACAGAAAAUUAUGUUAUAAAUCUUUAUUAUAAUAAUAAUAUAAUUAUUUUAUAUAAAGUAA